CUUGGCAAUCGCCCGCCUGAACCCUGCCCCAAAGCCACAGGGCUACACUACAGAAUACUAACAAACAAUAAAACACCACAACAAGCAUCAUCAACUCGGGCAGUAACAGGCGACAGCGACGCAGCCGAGUAUCAGCAUGAGCAGCUCCAAUAUGGUGAGCGCAACUUGAAGGCACUUAGCCAGUCAUGUCGCUCAUUCCAUACCACCCACGCGAGGGGCGCGAGAUUGUGCUCCGCCAUCACAACGCGAUUGUCGUCCGCGACCCGUCAUCCCAACGGCUCGAGAUCAGGGGUCUGCAGCUGCACGAAUGUCCCACCUGUCACCGGCCUUUGCGCUCGGCCUCGCCCGAUAGACACUAUGAAAGCAACCAGCAUGGCGAUAGUUAUGUCGACCCUAACUAUUUUCGCAUGCUGCGCGCUAGCCACAGCCUAAGGAGCGCCUCGACAUCCCACUCGCCGCCGAGUCCGAUCCGCCGACUGGUGGUACCUCUUCCCGCUGCCGUUCAUGACGAAGGCGAAUCCCACGCCGAAUUCCUGAGCAGCUCGCCCGCCCCGCAGAGCGGUGGCCGCAUAAAGCGAGAAGCCUUCAGCCCAAACUACUUUGACACCUUUUUCAUCGAAGAGAGAGAGCUUGGCAGGGGAGGGAAAGGCGUCGUGCUUCUGGUCCGACACGAGAUCGACGGGUGUAACCUCGGUCACUUUGCCUGCAAGCGCGUUCCCGUUGGUGACAAUCAUGCCUGGUUGGAGAAAGUGCUUGUUGAGGUUGAGCUGCUUGCCAACCUGGCGCACCCCAAUCUAGUCUCAUACCGCCACGUCUGGCUUGAAGACGUCCAACUCACGAGGUUUGGCCCGAGCGUCGCGUGUGCUUUCAUUCUCCAGCAGUACUGCAAUGGAGGCGAUCUAUUACAGUACAUCAUCGGCGAGAAGCCAAAAGAGGCCACCAAGGAGGAACUAAAGGCCCAAAUGCGACGCAGGUCCAGAGGCCGGGCUGAGCGCCCCCAAGUCCAGAGGCGGCUCCCUCCGGAGGAGAUCUACUCGCUCUUCAAAGAUAUCACCUCGGGCCUAUCCUAUCUGCAUUCGUCGAACUACAUCCAUAGAGACCUCAAGCCGAGCAACUGUCUCCUUCAUCGCGAUGGUAACCAUCUGAAGUGCCUGAUCAGCGACUUUGGCGAAGUUCAACCAGAACACGCUGUCCGUAAGUCGACGGGGUCGACCGGUACCAUCUCAUACUGUGCCCCGGAAGUCUUGAAAAAAGACGCAAGCGGCCGGUACGGCAACUUCACCACCAAGUCAGACAUCUUCUCCCUCGGCAUGAUCCUGUAUUUUAUGUGUUUCGGGCGCCUACCGUACGUCCACGCCAACAUCGUCAACGAGGAGCUGGAGGACGCUGAUCAGCUACGCGCCGAGAUCUCCGACUGGAAAGGGUUCCAGGCCGAGAGAAAAGAACGACCAGACCUGCCUUCGAAGUUGUACCAGCUGCUCACGCGGCUUCUCGCAGUCAAUCCCGCAGACCGGCCAACCGCGAGUGAGGUUUUGAGUGCGAUGGGGGGCGAGGCCAACUUUGAGGGUAUGAUGAGGGGCUCUAGAAACACCAACCCAUUUCUCGGCCUAGGCGGGCAAAGGAUCCAAGACCUGGACUCUCCUUUGCAGUCCAGCACGCCAGUUGCAGAUCCCACAAAGCACGCACGCGUCAACAACGCCGCAAACGAAGACUCCCCGGAACCUUCGCAGCGCCCCGUUUCCGAUGCCUUCACAAAGCCACCCACCAGCAACCUCCUCUCCAGGCGCAUCAACCAACAACCAACAACAUCAUCGGCGGGGGACGCUCGCCACGCAGCGUCCCACGCCAUGACUCUCUCCCGGGGCAACCGUAGCCGCUCUCAGAGCAACGACAGCCGCACCCACACCCCGCAUCAUCCCCAUCCCCCCUCGCCCCAUCGCAGCAGCAACCCCAACCCCGCUCCCGCUAGCCCUCAGCCGGCCACCAUUACCACCCCGCUGCUCAUGCCCCCGCCUACGACCCGACUGCAGCGGGCGAGGCUCACGGCCCUGUUGGCGUGGUACCGGGCCGCGCGCUGGGUGAGUUCCAACGCAAUGCUAUUGCGGCUGGCGCUGUUCGCAGCCAAGGUGCUGUCGCUGUCAUGGGUGUGCUGGCCGUACAGUGCCGGAUGGGCCGUCACGGCUGUCGUGGUGGGGUUGGCGGCCGGGGAUCUGCAUUUCGGGCUUAGGGAUGAAGAAGGCACCGGUACUACUGGGAGCGAGACGGGCGUCGAGGGGACGAGUGAGAGGGCGAGGUUGGGAUCAUGGGAUGGGGCUGUGCCCCGGGAGAGAGCAGGGGAGGAGGGAGUAGGGCUGCUGGAGCAGAGUCAGGAUGGAGGGAGAAGAGCUGAGGGUCCCGGCGGGGCCCGAUGGUUAGACGGCGGUUGGCAGAGGAGUUUGGUCUUGUUGCUGUUGCACUGUUUCAUACUGGCGAGUAUGAACAGCUUUGGGAUGAUGUGUGCUGGGGGGCAGGUUACUAGGGGGUGGGAGGACUGGUGAACCUUGUGAGGUCAGCGGGCUGUCCCAAGGGGGGAAAAGUGAAGAGGUGGUGAAGCUCCAUUCAUGAUCCAAGCCUGAGUGUUGGUCAGAGCUCACGCUGGGUUUCCUUCGCCAUCUGUCGGGUGCUGGCUGGCCACCCUUCCGGGUCAUUCGGCCCCUUUUCGGCACUACGGAUUCCGGUUAACGCCCGUCUUGGUCCACGACAUUUUCUACUGAGCUUUGUUCUGGCGCCAGCGCAUAUGAGAAAAGAGUAUUCUACGACCGAGCAACGCACGAGUCUGGGUA